AUGGCAUCCAACACUGCCAACUCAAGUAACGGCAGCCCGGGCCCUAGCGUCGAGUAUGAAAAGCUCAGCUACGAGACUGAAAAGAAGAGCAAGUUUGAAACCUCCGGCAAUGCAGAGAUAGAGUGUCUCCAUCGUGAACUUCAUGACUCUCGCCAGCGCAUCGACCGCGACACUAGUGUCAUCAAUGCCCUACACGAGAAAGUCACCGAGCUAGAGGAACUCGUCAAAAAGCAGAGGGUUACCAUCAGUACCCAGAGCAAAGCAAUCUCUGACCGUCGAGUUCUGAGGAAGAGUCAGCAACAGCAGCAGCAACAACCCCAGCCGCAGUCGCCUAUGGGGCCUGCAAUGGGUGCUGGGAUGGGUAUGUUCCCAAUGACGCCCGGUGGCCAUCACCAGCAGCAACACAAUAUUCACCAGAGUCAAUAUCUUAGUUCUGGUGCAUCGGGUUCUUCAGCCGGUAGUAUUGGCGCUGCCACCGCUGGUGCUAGCACUUGUGUUAGUGGUGUAGUUUGCAUGCAGAACACCUCUUCGCCGUUCGAGAUGCAAAGUCAGAUCCAGACUCCUCAAUCUGUGAAAUCGUUUGAUCCCACUACUCAGUUCAAUACCGUAUUUGAUCUGCCUCCCCCCAAGUUUGAGAUUUCAGCCGGCCCAUCAUAUACUGCUCAUACGCCCGCUGUCCCGUCUGACCUAGCUCCCAACCUUGAAAGGGGCAAGGACGUAUUUAACCCCAUGGGCUAUAUCACUAUUGCUAAUAUGACUGGACCCGCACAUUCGGAUGCCUCACUAGGUGCGGUUAAUUACCAUCAAGACAUGGCGAACUUCUCGACCCGGUUCUUGGGGCUCAUGCGCAUGGCUGAGAUCUUCGGCCAGACUCAUGCGAGCUUGCCCAACAUCUUUCUGGACAGUCGCCUUGAUGACCCUGUCAAAGACUAUCUUAUGGCUGUCUCGAGCCGAUCGCAGGCAUCAAUUCUUAUUGGAAAUGCAUCUACCCGAGGCUUCUUCGUUGCGAGAGCGAUCAACUGGUAUCUCAUUGAGAAGGUCCUAAAGAUAAACAUUAUCAGGGGUCUCGAUGCUGCCGUUGACAUGGAAAUUGGUGAGAUGCAGAAGCAGAUAUCUUCUGACACCUCAAUCGGCAUCCGCCACCUAAUGCUCAACGCAAUGGCAAACCACGUAAAAUCCCUUUCCAGAAGACCCGACUUCAACACAUUCGCCAAAAAGAAAAUCCACCACCACACCACCAAGCUCUGGUCAUUCAUCGGACCCCUCGGUCACGACUCAGCCAACCAAAACAACAUGUGGGUGGACCUCCAAGCAAUCAUAGCCGAAGCUCACUGCCUCGCUGUCGAGAUGUACUCCCUACCUUUGGAAUACAGGUUCGAGUUUCCCGAACACAAUGAGCCGUUUGAUCCGUUCACUAUGAUCAACCGCGAUCCCUAUAUCCAUGGCGAUCCGCAGGUUUUGCAGAGCGGCGAUGCGAGGGUCAGGUUAGCCAUUACGCCUACUGUGCGGAUUCGGAAUAACUCUCAGACUCCUGGAGAGGUUCAUUUGAUGUAUCUGGGUCAUGUGUUGUUGAAGGUGUCGAGGACACAGUGA